AUGAUCGAGUCUGAUCCGGUCAAAUCGCCAGGCAUCGAGCCCGUCGCCAAAUCCAUCCCUCCUUCGCCCCCGUCAGACUCAAGCGAUGGCCCUGAUGCAGCAUACAAGGGCAAAGCGGAGGUCCUGAAUCGCGCCAUCCAGGAUAUCGGCAUGGGCUGGUACCAAUGGCAGCUUUUUAUCGUGGUGGGGUUUGGCUGGGCGAUGGACAAUCUGUGGCCUGUGGUUACAGGCUUGAUUCUUACGCCUGUGGGAAACGAAUUCCACCCGAAGCAGCGACCCAUUCUGACACUCGCGCAGAAUAUCGGGCUGCUGGUCGGGGCCAUCUUCUGGGGGUUCGGGUGUGAUGUGUUUGGUCGCAGAUGGGCCUUCAACUUGACGAUAGGUGUGACUGCGGUUUUUGGGUUGAUCGCUGCUGGGUCGCCGAAUUUCGCUGCUAUCUGCACCUUUUCAGCGCUGUGGUCGGUGGGUGUUGGUGGGAACCUUCCUGUUGACUCGGCCAUCUUCCUCGAGUUCUUGCCCGGGUCGCAUCAGUAUCUGCUGACCGUCCUGUCCAUUGACUGGGCUUUUGCGCAGGUGGUCGCGAACCUGGUCGCCUGGCCCUUGCUGGGCGACUUCACCUGUGAGAGUGCUGACGGUUGCACAAAGCAGAAGAACAUGGGCUGGCGGUAUUUCCUGAUCGCCAUGGGCGGAUUGGCCAUGAUCAUGUUCAUCAUUCGCUUCGUGCUGUUCCGGAUCUACGAGUCGCCCAAAUUCUUGAUGGGCAAAGGCAAAAACGAAGAAGCCAUCGCCGUGGUGCACGAAGUAGCCCGCAUCAACAGCAAAACAUCCUCCGCGACAAAAGAGGAGCUCGACAGCUACGACCAGGGCGAAAUCUCCGAAUUUGGUGCUUCAAGCCUCGUGCGCCAGCGCCUCGACAAGCUGAAUUUCAAGCACAUCCGGGCCCUAUUCCGAACCCGCAAGCAAGCAUUCUCCACAACCCUCAUCGUCCUCGUCUGGGCCUUCAUUGGUCUCGGAUAUCCCCUCUACAACGCGUUCCUCCCCGCCAUUCAAGCCCAGCGGGGCGCCGACUUUGGCGACGGCUCGACCUAUAUCACGUACCGCAAUACUCUCAUCCAGGCCGUGAUGGGAAUCGGUCGAAAAGGCGCUCUAGCAGCCUCGACGGCGAUCACCGGGGCCUUCCUGCUUGCCUCGACGACCGCGACGACGUCGAAUGCCCUGCUUGGCUGGAACUGCGCUUUCAGCUUCAUGAGCAGUCUCAUGUAUGCCGUUCUGUACGCAUAUACACCUGAGAUUUUCUUGACGAAAGAUCGGGGUACUGGGAACGCCUUGACGGCAUCUGCCAAUCGUAUCUUCGGUAUCAUGUCACCCAUCGUGGCGAUGUAUGCGAACUUGAAUUCCCCGACGCCUGUCUAUGUCAGUGGAGCGCUGUUCAUUGCGGCGGGGAUUCUGGUCGUGUUUAUGCCGUUUGAACCGAGAGGCCAGGCUAGUCUUUAG